UUCAUGCCCCUCGCCCCCCGGCCCGCGCGCGCUUCAAGCACCGCCACCUCGGAUCCCCCGCGACCGACUGCCGGUGCCCCGGCCGGCUCCCCCCGUCGUGCCACCUAGCUAGCUAGCUCGCCUCUGCCGUGCGGAGGCAUGAAGCGGCACAACGCGGGCGAGCUGCCGCUGUCGUCGGCGCCGGCGCCAGCGGGCGACGGCAUCAAGCGGGUGACGGAGAAGGAGGAGGCGGAGGACAAGAUGGACAAGUACGACAAGGGGCGGAUCCGCUGCUCCCGGCUCUGCUUCCUGUUCGCGCUCGCCGCCACAGUUACCAUCCUCGCGCGCCACUGCUACGAAGCCGGGCUCGGCCGCGGUGGCAAUGCCGGCGUCGUGCGCAUCGAGGCCGCGCACGGUCCGCCGCCGCCGCCGUCGCUGCAUCGCGACCGGAAGAUAGCUCCGAUCGCUCGGCGAGAGCCGCCGGUCUCCGAUCGUUCCCCCUCGGCUCCUGCCGACGCCGUCGACGACGCGUCGUGGAAGGCUUCGGCGUCGGAAUCGGCUCAGCCUGACGAUGGAGACAAGAAGCCGACGAAGGAGAAGGGCUCGUCGCCCUCGGCGUCUCACGGCAACAAGUACGGCGGCCACCCCUUCGCCCGCGCGCUGGCGGCCGCCGACAACAAGGACGACCUGUGCGGCGGGCAGUACAUCUACGUGCAGGAGCUGCCGGCCCGCUUCAACAAGGACAUGGUCCAGAAGUGCGACAGCCUCUCGCCGUGGACGGACAUGUGCAGGUACACGACCAACGGCGGCUUCGGCCCGCUGCUCCGCGGCGGCAAGGGCGCGUUCCAGGGCACCGGCACCGGCUGGUACGACACCGACGAGCCCGCACUGGACAUCAUCUUCCACGAGCGGGUCAAACGGUACGAGUGCCUCACCGACGACCCCUCCCUCGCGGCCGCCGUCUUCGUGCCCUUCUACGCCGGCCUCGACGUCGCGCGGCACCUCUGGGGCACCAACGUCUCCGCGCGGGACGAGCUGGCGCUGGACCUGGCGGGCCUGCUCGCCGCGCGCCCCGAAUGGCGGGCCAUGGGUGGGCGCGACCACUUCUUCGUCGCCGGCCGCGCCACGUGGGACUUCCGGCGGGAGGCCGGCGGCCAGUCCGGGUGGGGGAGCAAGCUGCUCAACCUCCCCGCCGCCAGGAACAUGACCGCGCUCGUCGUGGAGGCCAGCCCGUGGCACCUCAACGACGUCGCCGUCCCGUACCCGACCGCGUUUCACCCGGCGAGCGACGAGGACCUCUUCUUCUGGCAGGACCGGGUGCGCGCGCUCAACCGCACCUACCUCUUCUCCCUCGCCGGCGUGGCGCGGCCCGGCGACGCCAAGUCCAUCGAGGGCCACCUCGUCGACCAGUGCAAGGCGUCGCCCGCCAGCUGCGCGCUCAUGGAGUGCAGCACCACGGCCGGUCCGGACAACAAGUGCGAGUCCCCGGCCGCGGUCAUGAGGCUGUUCCAGAGCUCGACGUUCUGCCUCCUGCCGCGCGGCGGCACCGACACGCGCCGCGCCGCCUUCGACGCCGUGCUCGCCGGCUGCAUCCCGGUGUUCUUCCACCCCUCCUCGGCGUACGUCCAGUACAGCUGGUUCCUGCCCAGGAGCCACACAGACUACUCGGUGUACAUCCCCGAGGAGGACGUGCGCAGGAACGCGAGCGUGGAGGAGAGGCUCCGGAAAGUGUCGCCGGAGGUGGUGCGGACGAUGAGGGACACCGUCGUCGGCCUCAUUCCGUCCGUGACAUACAGCGACACGACGUCGAGGCUCGAGACGACGGUGAAGGACGCGUUCGACAUCGCCGUGGCGGCCAUGAUCAACAGGGUGACCAAGCUGAGGAGAGGCAUCGCGGAGGGUCGACCGGAGGAGGAGAAGCAGGAGAGGUAUAGCUGGAAGUACCCGUUGUUGGCAGAAGGGCAGAAGGUUGAGGAUCCUCAUGAAUGGGAUCCCCUGUUCAAUUAGCUACUCAUCAUUGGAACAUUUUGUGCGACAUUGUUCGGUAAAGAAUUUAGGGUCGUUUGGAACGCGAGAUUUUUUGUGUGUGCUGAUUUCUAGUAGUGGAAUUGAGCUAUUUCUUCGUGUAAAAUUCCUGCAUUCCAAGCAUGGUCUUACCUUUUUGUUUUCUUUCUUGAACGUCUAAGAGAGUUUGUGCUCAUUGUAUUAU